GCUUAUGUUGUGUCUCCACCUCCAAAACCAAAGCAAUGACUUUUGCACUCUCUCUCUCUCUCUAAUCUCUCUCAUCACAAUUGGGUUGUUUUUGUAAAUUGAAGAUUACUACCCUCUUUAAUCUCUCCUCACAUUUUUCAUUUUUUCCUAUCUCAUUUUUUUCAUUUCAUUCUUUUCUUCUUCUUCCUCCGCAACAACAACACCACCACCCUCUCUUUUUUUUUUUUCCAUUUUCCCUUUCAUCUCUCACUAUUUUUUCCUUCCUCAGGUGUGGAAAUAGGACAGAAAGACAAUAAAAAAACAUCAUGGGUUUUGGUUCUUUCCUUGUUUUUUCAGUUACUCUUCCAUUGAUUUUCUCAUAGAUCUACCUUCUUCCAUUUUCAUCUGGUCAACUAAACUUUGUGCAUUGUUUCAUUGAGGAAAUUGUUUCGGAUAUAAAACUGUAUUGAGUUGGGAAACAUAUACAUUUCUCAAUGCAAGGGCAGAGAGGCACAAUUGGUUCCUCAUCUGAAACCUUCGAGUUUGAUUGUGGAUCUACAUCAAGUACUGCUGCUGUUGAUCAGCACAUUUUUUGGAAUAAUAUGCACACUCCUGCCGAAAAUCGGAUACCCGAGUUUAUGCUUUCCCCAAGUGAGAUGAACCCGCCUCACGGGAAUUCUCUAAACCAUGAAUGGCAGAACUUGAGCGGAUGGAGCUUAGGAGAACCAAGUUCCAGUAAUACACAGAACGAAGUUAACAACAAUGAGCUGAAAAGGGAGUUAGGGUUAUCACCUCCGAUAAAUGGUGGUGCUAUAGCUGGUCCAAGACUAGAAGAAAGGCACUUUGAACCAACUAGUGCAUUUUCAUUGGAUAACGUCAAUACAGGUCCUAUGUAUAUGUGCAGCCCCAAUUCUCAUUUGGUACCACAAAAUCUCAAUUUAAAUGCCAGUUUAACAGAUAAUGGCAUCGAUAAUAGCUAUCAUGUGGAAGUUGAACAUCCCAACAUGCACAAAUCCAGUGGUCCUCUAAAUGAGCAUAUUCCACCUCCGAUUACUUCUGGUUCUUUUUUGCUUCCUUCUGGUGGAAGUAACAGCAUUUAUCUCGGGGAUACCGAUGGUCGGCCAGGUUGUUCUCUAGACACCCGCCGUGUAUCUUGUAAACGAAAGGCAGUUGAAGGAAAUGGUGGACAAUCUUCAGACGGUGGAAGUUCUAGCUAUAGCCAGCAUACAGUUGGCAGUGCUUGGAAUACUCUUCCUACUCAGGAUUAUGCAGGGAGCAAUUUUAACCAAUCUGCACCGGCAGAACAGGUGAAUGCAAGACUUGGCCUGAGUGUCGGGGACGGAUCUUCUGAAACCAUACCUGGGUCAACUGUUGCAGGAAGCUCGGAAAGCUUCCACAGAAAUUUUCGUUUGAGGAUAAAUCCUUCAAGCCAACAAAUUUCUCUUCCUCCAGCCACAUUCUCACAUGGGAGUGUGAUCAGAAACUCUAGUGUUCCUUCAUCUGCUCCAAUGUUGCAAAGGUACCACCCUAUCAAUAAUCCUCUGGACUUGAGGUCAGUACAACCAGUAAAUGUGAUGCAUCCUCAAAGCGAACCUCUUCUGGUUCAUGUUCCUGCGUUACCGAGGAGUGCGCAAUCCAUCAGGUGGAGUGGUGGUUCUAGCUCAACAAACAACCAUUCGUCAAAUUCAGUUUUAGGCUUAGAUAGGGAUACUCAACCACAUGAGGAAGCAGGCUCAAGAGCUAUGGCUAGAAACAUUUUAGAUCACCCAGUGUUUGUACCUGCAAAUGUAAGAAAUGCGGCUCGAAAUCCAGCUAGGUCUUCGAGCAGUGCAAACUUAAGUAUUCCAGGAAAUGUUGCUUCGUCAUCAAGAACUGCACCAAAUCCUCCAGCUUUGAAUCCAUCAUCUGUCUCGGCGUGGGUUUCUCGUCCUAAUCCUCAGCAGUAUCCUCGCAGGUUAUCUGAAUAUGUCCGUCGGUCCUUGUUUUCUCCCGGUUCUGAAGGUGGAAGUUCAAGCAAUAACUAUCCUUCCUUGCGUGGUCCUUCCACUUCGUCAGAAUCAAGAAAUCUGCCAUCUGGGACCAACCCUGGAUCAUCUCCAUGGAUGGAGAGGUCAGCUGAUAGUGAAUUUGGAAUUCCCUAUUCCUUACGAUCGUUGGCUGCUGCUGGUGAAGGAAGUAGUAGACUUGUAUCCGAGCUCCGCAAUGUGUUGGGCAUCAUGCGUAGGGGUGGGAACCUGCGGUUUGAGGAUGUUAUGAUUCUCGACCAUUCAAUGUUUGCUGGGAUUGCUGAUAUGCAUGAUAGGCACAGGGAUAUGCGGCUUGAUGUUGAUAACAUGUCUUACGAGGAGUUAUUGGCUCUGGAAGAACGCAUUGGAAAUGUCAGCACAGGAUUGAAUGAGGAGACCAUUAUGAAACAUUUGAAACAGAAGAAAUACUCAGUUGAUGGAUUGGGUUCACAGAGUGAGACAGAACCCUGCUGUGUUUGUCAGGAGGAGUUUAAAAAUGAAGAUGAUAUUGGAUCAUUGGAUUGCGGGCAUGAUUAUCACAUCGACUGUAUUAAACAGUGGCUAACCCAUAAGAAUAUCUGUCCAAUUUGUAAGACAACAGGCUUGGCAACAUGAGGCUUGUGACUCAUAUAUUCUAUUCUAUCUUAUUAUAAGAUAAGAUGAACACAUAGAGGUCAAGAAAACUGGCACAAUUAGUCAGGAAAAUUCUGCUUAAUUGAAGUUGAAGUUUCUGGUGCCUUUGUUACUUAUUAAAUGGCCGUUAAGAUUUAGCCAAAUUUUCUUUAUUAUCAUUUUUUGUUUUAUUUGGGGAAACCAAUUAUCUCCCGGUUAAGGUGAAACAUGAGAUGAUUGGUGUUGGAUGAAGGAAUAUUUCUAAACUCUAGCUGAUAAAGAUUGUUUUACAUUUGGGAAAUUUCUAUACAUAGCUAUAUUUUGCUCUUA